UCUUGCAUUAUGGCUUGUCAUCGGUAUGCUGGUAUGUGUUGGCGACAGCUGCUGGAAUACGUUACGAACUGCAGUGCUGACGAAAAUGUAUCCUCGGAGUAGUUCAUCGCAAGCAUUUGCGCUCAGCAAAUUCUUCCAGUCGACAACAACCUGCGCGUCAUUUUUUUAUUCUGCCCACUUGGACCUACACAAGCAAAUGAUAAUUCUUACGAUUGGAUUGAUCGCUGCGUCCACAUGCUUUGCUGCGGCUUGGAGAAUACAUAUGCGGGAAAUCGAGGCUAGUGCAAAGUGCUCAGUCUCUGUGAUUUGCAAAGAUUCCCUCCGCAAAUAACU